AUGCUCCUCCCGCUCGACCGACCAGCCGAUGCACCUCCGCCAGAUCCCGACCGCGCCCAUCCCCUCGUCUACGUCGAGGCGUGUCUGCGCUGCGCCCACUUCUACCUCGCCGUCUCGGAGGCGCACGGCAACGUUCCUCGGGCGCUCGACCGCCUCGUCGCCCCCUCUACCUCCUCGACUACCUCCUCGCCUCCUCCUACCGGCGCAGCGCAAGCGCGUACCGCCCGCCUCACGUCCCUCUCGCCCUCCAACACCGUCCCUCGCUCGACCAUCGCCCAGUGGAUCAGCGCCGCCUACUCGCCGCACCUCGCGCUCCUCGCCCUCCCGGUCCGCCUACGCCUCACGGCCGAGAUCGCGAGCCUGUUCGGCCGCAUCGGCUACCGCCGCAAGGAGGCGUUCGUCCUGCGCGAGCUCGCCGCCCUGUGCGCCGAGGGCGUCGCUGGGCGCAGCAUCGAGGUGUUUGCGGCGGCGGGAGCAGGCGGGCCGUCGCCCAUCCCGGAGGAGCCGAGCGACUCGCCUCGCGCCAACGGCGGCGCAGGAGGGAGCACGGCGUCGGGAGCGGCGGCUCGAGCGCGCGCGUUCGACCGCGGCGGGAGCAUCGUGCGCACGACGAGCGAUCCGGCCGGCAACGACUCGAUCGUGCGCAUCGUCGAGAAGGUGUGCGAGGCGUUCGGGAUCGAGGUCGCGCCGCGGUUGUCGAGCGAGGACGUGCAGGCCGAGCGCAAGAAGAGCAUCGUGCAGGGGCGGACGCUCGAGAUCCUCGAGAGCGAGGUCGGCGCGUUCGGCUGGCCGGGCCUGCAGCUCGGCGUGCUCAAGGACGCGAUCGGCAUUGCCGAGGCUCUUCCCGAGUACCAGGCGGCGAUCCGGUUCACGGUGACGGGCCUGCGCUCCCUGUCCGACACGAUGCCGCCGCACGAGCAGUACGAGCUCGCGCAGAACAUUCCGCGAGUGUUUGCCGCCGCAACGAGGCGAGGCGCGUCGUUCGAGCUCGAGUACUGGGGCCCGUCGCAGCUCGUCAUGAGCCUCGAGGUCGUCAAGCUGUCGUCGAACCGCGUCCCGCACGAGCACGCCCUCAAGGACCUCGAGCUCGACUCGACCACGGCGGCCGGCCCGCGCAACCCGUUCCUGUACGACCCGCGCCGCAAGGUCCAGGCGGCCAAGACGAAGCCGUCCGUCGUCCAGAACGAGACGACCGAGGUCUACGUUACGCUCCAGAACCCGUUCCUGUUCGAGCUCGAGAUCCAGAACAUCGAGCUCAGCACCUCGGGCGUCCCGUUCGCGUGCGACCCGCUGUCGACCGUCAUCCCGCCCGGCUCCUUCCACACCGUCCGCCUCACGGGCACGCCCCGAGAACCCGGCACGCUCGUCAUCCGCGGGUGCCACAUUCGGCUCGCCGGCUGCGUCAGCCGCGAGUUCGUCCUGCCCGUGUGGGACGCCGAGGAGGAGGAGAAGCAGCGCAAGACGGCCCUCCUCGACACGUCGCGCGAGCGCAUCAAGGUGACCGGCCUCGACGCCGUUCCUGACUCGACGCCUUCAGCUACGGCCGUCCCGAGCGACGAGCUACGCGACGGCGACCUCAAGUUUCUCGAGUGCGCCGUCGUGCCCGAGAUGCCGCUCCUGUGGAUGAGGUCGACGUCUCUCACGCACGGCGCGCUCAUGCUCUACGACGGCGAGAUCUCGACCAUCCGGAUCGGCGUCGAGAACACGUCGUCCUCGCCGAUCGACUUUGUCAAGGUCACGUUCGCCGACUCGCUCAGCGCCGCAGCACAAGCCUACCUCACCGACAACGAGCUGGCCCCGACCGAGGCGUACGAUCUCGAGGGCGAGAGCGUCCACCGACCCGUCUUCCGCUGGGACGGCUCGCCGCAGACGGCCAUCGCGCCCGGCGCGUCGCACAUCUUCGAGAUCCAGUGCCGCGGCAAGAUUGGCUGUGGGUUCGGCUCGAUCCAGCUCGACUACGGGUUCCUCGACCGUGACGUCGUCAAGUCGAGCAAGACGUUCUUCACGCGCCAGCUCUUCUGCGACGUCUUCAUGACCGUGCACCGCGCCGUCGUCGCCAACACGCUCGAGCUGUCGCGCCUCAAGGCCCUUCCUGACGAAAGCGCGACGCACGGGCGCUCGGCGAGCGUCGUCAGCCUCGGGCAGCGCGGCGCCGCGCUCGACAAGCGCCUCGAGGACAGCCUGCGCGAGAUCGACGACGGCGAGCACUGCCUCGUCGCCGUCGACGUCAUGAACGUGUACGGCAAGCCUUUCGAGGUCAAGCUCGAGCGGCAAGAAGAGCGUGAGCCCGACCUCUCCUCCCUCCUGCCUCGUCGACACGCGCCUGAAACCAUGCUCGUCCGCCUUGACCGUCUCGCCCUCACGUCCGAGCAGCUCGACCAGCCGAUCCCGGCGCUGUCGGAGCGGCAGUUUGUCGUCGCCAAGGUCAAGCGCUCGCCCGAGGAGGCGCGCCUCGAGCGCGAGCUGUUCUGGUACCGCGAGGAGCUGCUGCGUCGCGUCAAGCUGUCCUGGAACGAGGUCGGCAGCCUGCGCUCGGGCGAGGUCAGCCUGCGCCAGCUCUACCUCGACAAGGCGAUGCUUGACAUACUGCGAGGCGACGCCGUCGAGGUCGAGCUCUUCCUCGAGGAGAACCCGGCGUCCGAGCCCGGCGCGUUCGAGCUGCGAGGACGAGGGUCGCGCCUCGCUUACUCGGCCGUCGCCGACGACUUUAUCGACGUCUGCGCCAAGGUCACGAACCACUCUCCUUCGCCUCUCGAGCUCACGCUCCGCCUCGACCUGCGACCGCCCGAGUCGUCGCGAGCAACGUCUGCCGCCCUCGUCCACCUCGCUCGCUACGUCGUCAUCGAGGGCGUCUCGCCCGUCUCGCUCGCGCGCCUCGAGCCCGGCGCGACCUGCGAGGCCCGCAUCCCGGUCUGCCUCCUCGCACAGGGCCGGUACGAGCUCGGGUGCGUCGUCGAGGAGGCGCGGCAGAAGGGUGGGCGGCGACGAGCGUGGGGCGCGAGGGAGCCGCUCGUAGUCGACGUCGAGCGAUGACGGGCUGCAACUCGACGGACGACGAGCAUCUC